GAAUGCGACUGACAACAUCGACAACAUCGAGUAAAAACGUCGCCCGGCUUUCGCUUAUGCUAUGUACUUCGUAUAUUUUCAUACAUUUUCAAGUGAAUAACAUUGAUGUACACGUGGGUAAAAAUUCUUUUAACCGAAUAAACGUGAAUAAUUGUGAAAAAAAUUGGUAAUUAAUUGAAAUUGAAAUUUGUGAACUGCAACAAUUCGGAUUAUAUUCAAUUUGUAUCAUAAUUAACAAUCUGGCUGAAAAUGAUUCCAAAACGUCCUCUGUUGUACUUAACAUCUGGUCUAGCAUUGGCCAUGGGCCUUAUAUGGUUCCGACGCAAGAAGAGUAUCCAUUGUGAUACAGGUGGAAAGUCAUGCGAUUCGUCGCAAAUGAAUGAUACAAAAGCUGAUAAGUCUCAACUAAACGGACAUGCAACCAAGCCAAUCGAUUGCAUUCAUGAAAGUCGCCCGAUACCUGAAACAAAACUCGGAAAAUCGGCCCCGAUCGACAUCAAUCCGAACCGCAUAUCGCCCAUUCAAUUGACGGAUAAGCAAAUCGACGCCGAAAUUCUGAAAGUGAAAAUCCAAGACACCGAACUGAAAAAACUGAAUUCGAUUGAAGAACAGGAUGCUGAAUCGUUUUCGCCGAUUGAUUUGCCGGAUACGUUUGAACGGAAACGCACGUCGUUCAAAUUUAAUCGAUCGAUAUGCGAUGAAGAACCGAUUAUUGUUAAAGCAGCUACGGGACCGAAAGUAUCGCCAAAGCAAUUUAUCAUUGAAAGUACGGUUGAAAAUGAAUUCAAAUCAACCGACGAUUCCAAUAGCGAUAGCGAGAAAAUGAAGUCAUCGAAUGAAGAUGAAGUUCCAACAACAGACUUAUCGACACCAAUCAGAAAUCCACCGGUUUCUAGUCCUCCAUUGAGUUUAUGCAGUGUCCAGUCAAAUGAUUCAGGUAAAGGAUCGAGUCUUCCACAUUCGGAGGAAAUAGUAACGUUGCCAACCACCUACGAGUUUUUAUUGCCUCAAAAUCUGACUGGUCUAUUGUUGGGAUAUAAAGGCGCAUACGUUAAAAAAUUGAAGUCAAAGACAGGUGCCACCAUUUUGAUAAAAAGGCAUCCAGAAUCAAGUUCCAUUAAAAUUUGUGCUAUAGAAGGAACCCAGCAAAAUAUCGAUGCUGCUUUAGCAAUGAUUAGACAGAAAUUUCCGGAGAAAAAAUAUCCACAUUUCACUUUGCAAAGAGUUUACUUUGCUAGUGCUGACAGUAUUCUACCAUUACCAGCUGUAGAUCCAACUGUCAUUCAGUUGCAACUCAUCGAAGGCAUUAACAAUGACGUUUCAAUUAGUGCAAUGUGGCAGGAUGGUUUAAUAUUCGUGCAACAGUUGCUGCACCCUUCAUAUCCUUCAUUAAAUAUUUUACAAAAUUGUAUGAAUCAAAGCUAUGGUUUGUGCGAAUCGCCAAUGCUUCCAGAAAUUACCAAUGAUGCGGUAUGUGUCGGUUGCGUCGAGGGCAAUUGGUAUCGUGUUCAAGUUAUUGAACAACAUCCCGACACAGAUACAUGCAUUGUUAAAUAUUUGGAUUACGGUGCAUACACAAGCAUUUGCACGUCUGACCUGAGACAAAUUAGAGCAGAUUUUAUGACAGUUCCUUUUCAAUCGAUUGAGUGCUAUCUAUCGAAUGUGAAACCAAUAGGUGCUGAUUGGUCGGAAGAAGCUAUUGCACUACUAUUAAGUUUUAAAGGAUUUAUAUUACAAGCUCAAAUAGCUGGCUAUACAUCAUACGGUACACCUGAGGUGUAUUUGUUUGCGUGUUUAUCGCCGAAUAAUGUAAUUUUCAUAAACAAAGAACUGGUCGCCCGAAAUUUGGCAACAUGGAUAGAUGACACUGAACUGACUGCAUAAGAAAUGAUAUAUAAACGUGAUAAGUAAUAUUUAUAUAUACAUGAGGAACAUAUUUAUUAUGUUAUUUAACAAAAAAAAAAAAAAAACAAAAAAAAUAUUCGUUUUCUAAGACCUAAGUUCAAAUGAAUUGUUCGGUAACAAAAAAAAAGUAAUCGAGGGAAUGUGAGAGAGGUGAGGAAGAGAAAUAUUUUGAUAAUAUUUUCUUUUUUUCGAGUAGUUGUUACUGUUGAAAGUUCUUUUUCAAAUAAUUUUUUUGAAUCCUUCUGACCUCUUUUAAAUGAAUUUCUUUUUUUUUUUCAACUUUUCGUUUUACUUAAAUCAAUAGGAAAAGGGUCGAAAUUUUGUUUUGUUUUAAAAAUUAAAUUUUUUACAUUUUGAAAUGGUUGAUCCGCAAUUUAGUAAUUCUUUAUUUGUAUAGAGAGGACAUCGCUCUGAAUAGUGAUGAUGAUUUUUUAUGGUAGAAAAAUUUUAGUUUCUUUUUUUUUCGAAUUGAAUUUGAGAAUCAUUUACAGUUGAAUUGUAAAUUUUUUGUAAAAAAAAAACGUUUUUUGUUUUUCUUUUUGUCGACAAACAAAGAAUAUUUGUGCGACGAGGAAAAAAGGUUGUUAUUCAAGUCAUAGUUUACAUUCAAAUAAUCAAUUUUUUUUAAAUAAUUUUUUUUUUUGCUUAAUAUUCAUUGAAAUAUAUAUUUUUCGUGUGAUGUACAGCAAAAAAUACCGUUCAAUUUUUGCAGACUUAAUACAAUCAAUUUUUAUAAUUUUUAUAAUUUAAUCGUAGGAAAAUAAAAAUCUAAAAAAAGUUAGUAAAAAAAAACAUUCAAUUCUUUCGCAUCUCGUUAACAAUUUUAAUGUGUUGCCUGUGCCAUAAAAAGUUUUUUUUUUUUAAAUUGACAACAACAACAACAAGUGCAUUGAAAAAAUCGAUAGUUUUUGAUAAUUUUCUU